AUGUCAGAAUUUUUCCUUUUUAAAUGUUGUAUCUUUCUUUUCUUCUCUUCCUUUUACUUCCUUUUUCGCUUUGUUUUCCAGCCAUCAAGAGACUUGAUGGCCCGCCCUCCUCUGUUCUUUAUUCUUCUUACAGUCAUGGGGCUGGGUUGGCUGGUUUGGGAAAUAAAGUUAUUCCGAUUUCACGUUCGAUUUCUUCUAACAGGUAUCAAGUCAUGCCCUCACAAAAAUGAUAUAGGGGCAAGGCUGAGAUGGUACAGAAGAAGUCUGCUUGCCACGGUCAGACUCUAUUGUCUAAUGCGUCAGCAUCACAAAGAUAAAAAGGAAGUAAAAGGAAGAGAAGAAUGA